UUAUGGAUCUCAGAUCUCUCUUUCUCUCACUAAUCCCUCUCACUAAUUUCCUGAUUCAUCAGUACUUCACUCUCUUUUAAUUUUCUCUCUCCACAUGCUGGUUUUAAGAAAACAUGCUGACCCUCUUCUUGAUUAAAAUGCAAAGUCUUUAUAGGUUCAAAUAUCCAAUACAUAUAUAUGCAGAAAUAUAGGAGAAAUGGGGGCACUGAGAGAUGCCUCUAGAGAGAUAAAUAUAAGUAGUAUUUUUAUGAGCUAUGAAGCAAAUCAGAAAAGGGUUCUUGAAAAUCAAAAGUGAAGAUUAGGUUCUUGGGUGCAUUUUUUUUUUUUUUUUUUUAAAAUUACUCAAGAAUUACGAAAGAUUAGAUUUUUGAGAGAAUACUGUAAUUACUAGGGAUUGGUUUAAGUUUUCCUGUGAUUACAUCAGCUGGGGAUAGUGUAGAAUUUGCUUUAUGUUGGAAUGCGCAGAGCAAAAUUGGAACUUCUGUGGGAAAUUCAAUUCUUGGUCUAUAGUAGUUUUGGAUAGUAAAGUUGCUAUUUUGGGAAAAGCCAAGUUUCAAUCUUGUGAUUAUAUGAGUUGGGUACAGUGUAAAAUCUGCUUUGUGUUGGAAUGAGUAGAGCAAAAUUGGAACUUUUCAAGUAAAUUCAAUUGUUGGACUGUUGGAGUAUUGGAUAAUAAAGUUUCUAUUUUGAAGAAAAAAAGUUGGCAAAAUGAUAUCUUCAGGGAUGAAUUUGGUGAUGACUGUGAUUGGAUUUGCAGUUAGUACUAUGUUCAUAGUAUUUGUCUGCACUAGGCUAAUUUGUGCAAGAAUUCAGUUGAACGCGAGACGGCGGUCUUUUGCAUAUGCUUCUAGAUCUGAUCUUAGCAUUUUGGAGCGUGGUUUACAUGGCCUCGAGCCUCUUGCUGUUGCGAACUUCCCGACAAAGAAGUACGGCGAUGUGUUUUUUACCUCUGCAGAAGAUGCUCAAUGCAUAGUUUGCCUUGCCGACUAUCAGGAGCAGGACACGUUACGUAUUAUGCCAUUAUGUGGGCAUUCCUUCCAUGCAACAUGUAUCGACAUAUGGUUUCAGCAGCACUCCACGUGCCCAGUUUGUCGAAUUUCUCUACGUGAGACUCCUGAAAAAAAGCGAUUUAUGCAACCUUUGUUUAGUUCAGCUAUCCGAUCUCACUAUGCGAUGGACUCCCUUAAUCUUAGUUCAAACGGUUGUCUAUCAUCUGGGCAGAGGCAUUCUCCAAUAUUGCAUGACAGCCUGAGAACGGACUCCACCACAGACGCUCACUGUCCACCUGAGGGUGGUAGAAUGGUAGUCAGAGAAAACGAUGUUAUUUUGAACGAGGAUACUCAGAACACGAAACACUCAGAAAACAAACAAGUUGAGAGCCCAUCAAAUGCAUAAGCUGUUAAGUCAAAACUGCAGAUUUCUAAAUUGACAGAGAUUGGAGGACUUCACAAUGUAGGUAUCGUGUUCAUUCUGUUACCCCAUUACCCAGAUUUUGAUUUGGUAGAUAACUUACUGCUCGUGCCUCGUAGCCUUUGGUAAAUAGAGCAAGGCAAUGUUUCUUUUAUUAUUUUUUCUCCUUAUCUUCUUCCUUUAAAUACUUCACAGUAGCCAGGAUUAGUAGCAUUUUGUAGUCACGAUAAACUUGGCUAUGCUUCAAUUUUCAAGCUUGAAGGUAAAGAUAGUUUUGUCGAACGAUUAGUUCAGCUCCUUGCUGCACAAUGACACUUGCAUAUGAGUGUAGUAGACAAGAUUGUAUUGACAUAUUAGGUGUGUUAUUUCACUU